AUGCUCCGGCGAGCGCCGUCGGUCGGCGCCGGGUACCGCUGGUGGGCCGGCGGCGAGGCCGGCGCAUGCACCGAGAGCCUCGGCUCCGAGAGCGGCGACGUCGGCUGCGACGCUGCCGAGAUCGACCAGUUCUUCCCGCCGGCUCCCCCGGCUGGUGGUGGCCCCGAUGACGGCGAAGCCAACGACGAUGCCGACGCCCGAGCGGCGGAGGAGGCGCAAGAGGAGCACCGUCUUCAGGAUGCGGCCGCGGCGGCGCCUGAGAAGAGGCGGCGUGGGGGCUUCCCCCCGGCGAUGCCACGGGCGACGGGGCCGCUGUUCCUGCGCGCGGAGCGCCGCGGGGGGCGGCUCAUCCUCACCGAGGUGCGCGCCGACGAGCACGAGCGCCGCGUCGUGUUCCGCGCCGAGCGCGACGGCGGACGCCUCCGCCUGCGCUUCGCCAACGACGACGACGACGACGCCCCAUACGGCGGCGAGCCAGCCGAGGCAGGUGGUGGUAGCGCCGGCGCUGGUGGGGUGGUGGUUCCUGUUGCUGUACAGCACGGCGGCGGCGGCGGGGGAGGGGAGCUCUGCCAGGUGGCCGCCGGCGCCGCCGCUGCCGCCGGCCGGAGGGGCGGCGUGGAGGUUGGCGCGGUCAUGAUGGGGACGACGAUCUGA